AUGAAUGAAUUAAAUACUUACGACCUUACCAUUCUAAUCAUAGUAAAUAUAAUUGAUACCAUUUGUUCCACUAUGAAGUCCAAGAAGAGAACGCGGUGGGAAGUGCAGUCAAGUGGGAGUUCUUGGCGCAGAUUGAUGGUCACUAAGUGUGUGGUCAUUUCAGGCAUUUCCUCCGGGUCUGAGGAUCCAAACAAAAUGGUUAUGUUUUUGAGUGCCACCAACUGUCCCUGGAAUAUCGACGAUGCGAUGAGAAGACAGUUUGAGAACAGGAUUUAUAUUCCCCUGCCAUCGCUGAGUGAUCGGAUUGCCAUUUUAUUCCUUAAUUUGAGUGGGGUUACUUUGGCUGAGGAUGUCGACAUUGAGGCUUAUGCUGCUCUGAUGGAUGGCUAUUCCGGCUCGAAUAUCAGAAUUGUGUGCCGAGACGCUGCCAUGAUGGAAAUAAGGAGGAAGAUUGGUGAUUUGACUGUGGGAGAGAUUAAAAUCAUUUCAAAGGACGAAUGUUUGAAUGUCCCGAUGGUGAUGGACGAUCUCCACAGUGCCAUUAAAAAUGUAAACAAAACUGUCUCGUCAGCUGAGUUGGUCAAGUUCAAGAACUGGAUCAAUGAAUAUGGUUCCUGUCGAUUUAUUAUUUAG